GAAGAAAAAACAUCCAAGUCUCAUCUGGCAUCAUAACUUUGUUGAAUAUUCUAUACACACACCUCAUCUUUCUUUUCCAUACCCCCUUUCCAAAUCCUAUGGCUGCUCCAGGAAACAUGUUUAUGCCUCUCCAGCUAUUAUAAUCUCUCUCUCUCUCUCUCUCUCUCUCUCUCUCUCUCUAGAAAUUAGCAAGAAGGAGAAGGAGAAGGAGAUGGGGAGAGCUCCUUGUUGUGACAAAGCCAACGUGAAGAAAGGGCCGUGGUCACCGGAAGAAGACACCAGGCUCAAGUCAUACAUAGAGCAACACGGCACCGGUGGAAACUGGAUUGCUUUGCCUCAAAAGAUUGGUUUGAGGAGAUGCGGGAAGAGCUGUCGACUCAGAUGGUUGAACUAUCUCCGCCCGAAUAUCAAGCAUGGAGAAUUCUCUGAGGAAGAAGAUAACAUAAUUUGCAGCCUAUAUAUAAGUAUUGGAAGCAGGUGGUCUAUCAUUGCAGCACAAUUACCGGGAAGAACAGAUAACGACAUAAAAAACUACUGGAACACGAGGCUGAAGAAGAAGCUCCUAGGAAAGCACCGGAAAGUACAUCAACCACGGAAGGCCAGCGGCCUAAAGCAAGGAACAAGGAAAGGCAUCGAUGAUCAUAGCCUCCCGGCCGUUGAUUGUAAUGCUAAUAACCAACAACCAUACUGGCCAGAACUUCCAGUGUUGGCCGCAUCCAUGGUACCAUGUUCAAGUCAAGAACCGCAAUUCAAUGAUCACGCUUCCAUCCGAAAAUUGCUCAUGAAACUUGGAGGAGAGUUUUCUGAUGAUGAUAAUCCAAAUCUUCAGUAUCCUGUUAAUGGCAUUUCCUCCACCCUGCAACCUUAUCUUGCACCCUCCAUUGAGAUGGUUUCUCCUGCUUCUAAUGACGCUUUAAACGCUUGUACUUCUCAACUGGAAAACAACCACUACAACAUUGAUGGUCAAGGCAUGGCCAUUUUAUCCGGUUUUCAACCCGAUUAUGACGAAAUGGUAUACGAAAACCCUCCACAAAGGCUAGAUGGGCUGGAGUUUUUGUUUGGGGACAUGAUGGUUAGAAAUGGAGCCGAGACGAAUUCUAGGGAAAGCUUCGAGUGGGGGGAAAUGAGCAGCACUAUGAGUUACCCUCCUAUGAUUUCCAACUACGAAGGCGUUCGACAAGGAAUUCUGCAGGAUUAAUCUUUGGAUGAGUUGAGACAUUGCCAGGCCCGUUGACGGUAUUGUACUUGCAUUGCCGGUGUAAAUUAAAAUAGGUCAUGAACAUGGUUUUUGGUUCUAAAAGAAUUCUCAGAGUAAACCCUAAUAGAUUCGUUUGAAGGACGGGCCUGGCGUAACGGUAAAGUUGCUCAAUUGUGACCUGGAGGUCACGGGUUCGAGUCGCGAAAAUAGUCUCUUUGCUUACAAAGGUAAGGGUGCAUAUAUCAACCCUUUCCCAACGGCGGGAGCCUCGCGCACUGGGUUUGCCCUUUUUAAACCGUGCUAGGUUUGUUUCCGUGAGUUUGCUUCGAUUUGACAUUCUCUCGUACUUGUUCUCUCUAUCGGUCAUUGUACUCUAUAUAGUUUGUCUUAAUUUCUAAUGAUGCCUCUUUACCGUGCUU